AUGGGAUUUUUCAACAUUUCUUCCACUUUGACUGGUUUUAUGAUAUGUAGUAAAUCCUUUCUGGUAGAGCUAAGGGAAUACUCCGAUCAGAUCCUUCAAAAUGGCUUCAUACUAAAGGCUCACUACUUUUCCAGGUUCUCUACUCAAGGACGGACAUCUCGCAACUUGUAUCUUGUUUCCACAGUGCUUUUUUGCUCCUUCCAUAUCCUUCUUGACCUCUCUUGUGAUACAAAAGAAUCUGCAUGCACUACUCCACAAGAAGAAACCUCAUCUGAGCCACUUGAAAAAGAUAUACUUUUGGAUUGUUUUAAACUGAUUACUGAUGCCACUGAUUAUAUUUCUGAAGCUAUACGCCAACUGUCCGAUACUGACACCUAUAUUAAGUUGACGGACAAUCCCACAACAACAUUCCAGUCGGAGAUUACUGAUCUUGUUAAAUUUGGUGUUUCUUUGGGGGUAGUGGACGCGAAAGAUCCGAAAAUCCACAAAUAUUACACCCAGUAUUGGCUCCUUAAAACAUCAUCAUUCAUACAGUACCGUUAUCUUCUGGUUUUCAUUUAUUCAAUUGGAGAGAUCAACAAGGAUCCGGAGAUCUUGCCUAAUGUGACUUUGGGCUAUCAUAUAUUUGACUCCUGUAACCGUGCAGAGAAGUCACUGGAAGGCACAUUUAGUAUCCUAUCAGGGACACAACAACUCAUCCCAAAUUACAAUUGCUGGAAAAACAGGAAGGUUGUGGGCUUUAUAGGAGACUUGUCUUCAAUUACUUCUCUUUGUAUGGCAUUACUCACAGGGAUUUACAGGUACCCUCAGAUCAGUUAUGGCUCCAGGGAUCCCAUGUUUAAUGACAAAAUUCAGUUUCCAUCUUUCUACAGAACUGUCCCUGAUGAAUUGUCUGAAAUUUAUGGGAUUGUGGAACUGAUGAAGCACUUUGGUUGGCGAUGGGUUGGGCUGAUUGUAUCUGAUGAUAAGGUUAUGGCAGGCAAAAAUCUGGAGAAAGAAAUGAAGAAAAAUGGCAUCUGUGUUGCCUUCUUUAUUAGAAUUGAUUUGAGGUCAAUGGAUUCUACAACCCAAAUUAAGGUUAGAGAGACUUUAGGCAGAAGCAAAGCUAAUGUGAUAGUUCUUUUAGCCAGUUUAAGGUAUGUUGGAUUUAUUUUAUUCUUUUUUGCCAUCUUUGAUAUGCCAGAAAAAAUAUGGAUUGUAUCGUCAACUUUCCUUAGGAUAUUAGACUCAGCAUAUCCCCAAAACAGAAUAACGUUUAAUGGCAUUUUGGCUCUUUCCAUCCAACAAGGAGAGAUUCCUGGGUUUAAAGAUUUUUUACAUGGUUUAAAUCCAUCUGAUUAUAAUGAUGGCAUUGUGUUUCCAAAUGUCUCAGAGAAAUUAUCUGAUUGCAAAUUGUCCAACACCAUCCAAACAAUCCCAAGCAGGACAGGCAUCUCUCUUCCAAAAUGUACUGAGAGUGAAUUCUUUCAGGAGUAUGAUGUACCACUAAAUGAAACCCUAAAUUUCAGAACAUCAUAUGGAGUUUACAAAGCAGUAUACACAAUGGCUCUCGCUCUUCAUAAAUUGUACAUCAACCAAACAAUGGCAGGUCAUUCUGACAGGAGAGGAAGAGAACAUAUUAAUAUUAAGCAAUGGCAGUUAAAUUAUAUGAUACAGAGUAAGAAUUUUGAGAUGACUUCAAGGCACAAGAGUCCCUUUAAUGUCAAAAGAGACCCAUCAAAGUAUUAUGAAAUCGUGAAAUGUUUUUUCUCAGAAGAAGGAGAUGUACGAACAGUCAAGGUUGGAAGCUUUGAUACCUCUAAACCUGUUGGAAGUCAGCUUUACAUCAAUAGCAGUGCUGAUCUCUGGGGUCCUUAUUUUACAAAGUGUCCCCAAUCUCUAUGCAAUGAGCCCUGUGGGCCAGGAUACAGGAAAUUAAAAAUUGAAAGGAAACCACCCUGCUGUUAUAAAUGUGUGUUAUGUGCAGAAGGUGAAAUAUCUAACACAACCGAUGCAUGGCUUUGUAUAAAAUGCUCUGAAUAUGAACAUUCUAACAAAGAGAAAAAUGGUUGCAUCCCAAAACAUAUAAACUUCCUUUCCUAUGAAGACGCAUUGGGUGCUACUUUAUCAUCCAUUACUAUUAUAUGCUCUGUUACAUGUAUCAUAAUACUGGCAAUCUUUAUAAAGUACCGUGAGACUCCUAUAGUGAGAGCCAACAAUCAAAAUCUCAGCUGUCUCCUCCUCAUCUCUCUCACGAUGUGUUUCCUCUGCACAUUAUUAUUCAUUGGGCGCCCAACACAGAUAUGUUGUCUCCUCCGACAAGUAACAUUUGGGGUUGUAUUUACUACUUCUGUUUCUACUGUGUUGGCUAAAACUCUCACAGUUAUUAUUGCUUUCAAUGCCACAAAGCCUGGGAGCAAGCUGAAGAAGUAUGUAGGAACCCAACUGUCCAUUAUAUUAGUAAUUUUAUGUUCUUUGGGUGAGACUAUGAUUUCUGCUGUGUGGUUGGCCUCCAAUCCUCCAUUUUCAGAGGCUGAUACUCUUUCUGAUCCAGACUAUAUUAUCCUAACAUGUAAUGAAGGGUCUGGAUUUUUCUUCUUCUUUAUAAUUGGAUAUAUAGGAACCUUGGCACUACUAAGUUUUGUUGCUGCAUUUCUAUCCAAGGAUUUCCCUGACCGAUUUAAUGAGGCUAAAAACAUCACUUUCAGUAUGUUGGUGUUCUGUAGCGUGUGGGUGACAUUUGUCCCUGCAUACCUGAGCAGUAAGGGGAGUAGAAUGGUGGUGGCUGUGGAGAUAUUUGCCAUUUUAUCUUCCAGUGCUGGAUUAUUAGGCUGUAUAUUCAUUCCCAAAUGCUAUAUUAUAUUUCUAAGACCUGAACUGAACACAAAACUCCCCACUAUUAAAAAAAAUAGAUUUUAUAAGUGGAGUUUCAGUGGGAUAAGGGGUCAACAUUUAUUGACUUUGAGUGGUUACCUUACCUUUUUAUGA